UGUGACGCAGCUAUCGAAUUUAAGGGGUUCAAACGUAUUCAGUUUUCAGGGAAAUUGCAGUUGCGAUGACAAUCUACCGAACACAAGGACAGUUGAUAGAAGUGUGUGGUAUAAAUCUGGAAAUGCUAUGUUUUUCACAAUGCCAGUUAUACAGCUGUCGCGGCAAUUGCUAUUGUUUCUCAUCUCAAGUAUCUUUCAUUUCAACCACCUAUGGUGUGGUGCUGAGGCUGAAUCAAUAAAAUACAGUCAUGGACCAUUAGUAUCGUCACCAAAAGUACGGUCGCUAGAGUAUGGCACGCCGACGAAAGUAGCUGCUAGUUCACCGGGAGUGUUUGAGGAGCAUGAUAAUAACGCUGACUUCGGAACGACUGCAAAUAAUGUGGCCUCAUCUACAGCUGCUGCCCUCGAGAGUCCGACAGACACCGGUGGUGAAAUAGUCGUGCCAAAAACUUUUCCAUUGAGUGCACAAGAACCAACCUGCGAACAGUUACGUGCGAUGUGGAUUUUUUCCAAGAGACAAUCUCGAGCCGCAGAAAUUACAAACGAAAUACCAACCUAUCGGGACCCGUUUGCCUACAAUGUCUGGGAACCAUAUUAUUCAACUACCCGCAACAUGGGAGGAGGAGUGCGUAUGUUGCCACGAUACAACGAUCGAUCUCGGUCACCAGUUUUUGGCCGCGUGAUUAGCAGAGAACCCAUUAUGCCUCCACGUGUAAGUAUCGAUCAUCAUCAGCGACAUUACGGUGUUGAUGGAAGUAACUUCGGUGGUUCGUCUUCCCGCAUCUAUGGAGCUGAAACGAAAGGAGUGCCCUCUUAUCACGGUGCCGGUGGUAGCUCUCGUCGUCCGCUAAAAUAUCGUCACGUGGGUUCUAAUAAUGCUGCAACUAAUGCGGGUAAUGGUGGAAGCCCGAACUCUGUGAACGUUCAAGGAAGUUUCCAACGUUUGAAAGAAUUGAUUUGGACGGAGCGCGCCAAGGAACUGACACAACAGCGCAGGGCAGAAGAGCUAGCCGCACGUGCAGCCGUUCUUAAAGAGAUCACCAAUGGUCAAAAUGUUCAAUCUUCUUAUAAACAUACUUCAAAAUCGGAAUCGCCGUUAAUGGAUGAGAAUCGUAGCCCUGAACGAGACAUAUAUCAGCAUUUGAAUGAUGAUCGCAUGUCUAUUGGAACUGGCCAAGCGCGCUAUAUUGAUAACAAUUACGGUAACAAAAAAAACGCGAAUACAUAUUUGAGCAGCAGUAGCAAUAAUGACAAUAAUAAGCGUAAAAACGCAAAAACUAAUUAUAAAGGAAACGUUAGAAUAGGCAACAGCAAGGAUGGAGUUAAAGAAGUUGGAUCUUAUUUGGCAACAGGAGAAGCAGGAACAUCAUCUAUGCGUAGCACUAUGAUAGCAAAUAAAAAUCGAAACAUCAAAAAUAAUGAUAAACAAAGAUCUUUGUCAAUAGUGCCAAAUGCCAGCAGUGGAUCCUUUACAACGAUUGCGCAUAGCAGCAGUUACUUCGACGACGGUCAGAGUAUCGGUAUACCCAGAACGUAUCCAAUGCGCUCAUCACAUUUUCGUGAACGAAAUCGAGCAUUAUUUAGAGAG